AUGAUAGACUCCUACUAUUCAUCACUGAGAUUCUUUCUUCAUACCAUUGCUCUUCUCUUCUCCAUUUUUAAUCUGUUCAACACUUAUGCUUCUCUUACACCGGACCUUUGUCCUCCGGAUCAAAGAGAUACGCUUCUUGAGUUCAAGAACGAGUUCAAGAUUCGGAAGCAUGAUGAUUUUCUUGAUUUUGAUGGUUUUUGGAUAAACGUCACUUCUUAUCCCAAGACGGAAUCAUGGGCAAUCAGCAGCAGCGACUGUUGUAACUGGGACGGUGUUACGUGCGAUACCAAGUCGGGCAAGGUGAUCGGUCUAGACCUUAGUUGCAGCUGUCUUCACGGUCGGCUCGAACCCAAUACUAGUCUUUUUAGACUGAAACAUCUCAGAAAUCUGAAUCUUGCUUACAACAACUUCACUUUUUCUCCAUUACCAGAUAAGUUCAACACACUCAUGUGGUUAGAGAGGCUAAACCUCUCUGAGUCUUCAUUGACAGGUCAAAUUCCAACAAAAAUUCUUCAACUCACCAAUUUGGUGUUUCUUGAUCUUUCUUCUUAUAAUUCCUUUUCUCCAAGUUUCUUGUUGUGCAUUGAAAACCCACCAUUGUUUCUCCCUCUACUUGCUAGAAACUUGAGGAACCUUAGAGCACUUCACAUGAGCUCUGUUAACAUUUCUUCAGAAAUCCCCAAAGAGUUUUCAUGCAUAUGGUCUCUAAGAUCUCUACGUCUUGAAGGAUGCAACCUGAUUGGAGAAUUCCCAAGCAGUGUUCUUCUACUACCAAACUUACAGUCCAUAAGAUUGGAUCGCAAUCUAGAGCUUAGUGGCGAACUUCCUGACUUCCAUGGAAACAACUCUAUGAAGAUCUUGAGCCUCUUGGAAACAUCUUUUUCAGGUAACAUACCUGACUCCAUCAGUAACCUCAAACAUUUAACUUUUUUGACACUUGAAGGAUCCAAUUUCUCUGGGAGGAUACCAUCUUCACUUGGAGAGCUUUCUUGUCUCUCAAACCUCCUUAUUGCUGGCAACCAUUUCACUGGUGAGAUCCCAUCUUCGAUUGGAAACCUAAAACAGUUGACCGUCUUUAGUGUUGGCUAUAACAAGCUCAUCGGAAACUUCCCAUCUGCACUACUCAAUCUGACAAAACUACGUUCUAUACAUCUCAGUUCCAAUCAGUUCACAGUCCAGUUGACUUGA